UGAUACUCAUCAUAAUUACAUUAUUCUCGUCAAAUGGUUUGUAUCAACUUAGUAUUUGGUGAACGGCCGGUCAUUUGAAGAAGAGCCUGCGAUUUGCGAGAUCACGCCUCGUUUUGUCGAUGGGUUCGCUGAACUACGUUCUAUAUUUUUUUAUCUGGCUUGUUUCGAGAAGAUUGGUAGCGGCAUUUCGUGGUAGGGACGUCCCAAGAAGGGCGUUCGCGUCCGAUGGUGCUACGGUUGAACCGAGUUUGGGCCCUCAAACGCGGGAUGAUCAUGGAGAACCAAGACCAAGUCAUAUGGAUCACGUUGACUGUUUUGAUGUCGCUAUUGUUGGAGGUGGCAUGGUUGGCUUAGCUCUAGCUUGUGCACUUUCUAGUAUGCCCUUGACAAGAUCUUUGAGAGUUGCGAUAGUUGAUGGCAAUCCUUUCCUGUUGAGGCCACCCACCAUAAACAAUGAUCUUCCUGAUCCAAGAGUUAGCACAUUGACUCCUGCAACAAUCUCUUUUUUUAAAGAUAUUUGUGCUUGGGAUUUUAUUCAGCACCAUAGGCAUGCUUUUUUCAGCAAAAUGCAGGUGUGGGAUUAUACUGGAUUGGGGUACACCAGGUACAGUGCAAGGGAUGUGGACAGUGAGAUAUUAGGUUGUGUAGUUGAAAAUAAGGUGAUCCUUGGCUCCCUUUUAUCUUGCCUACAGAAUGCAGGUCUCCAAAAGGCAAUUUACCCUGCCAAAUUGACCUCCAUGGUGCUACCUUCUUGUCAACCAUCCUUGGAGGGUGCAAAGUCUUCCCAUCCCGAUCAGAAUAAUAUGUCAUAUGAAGCAAGCAGGAAGAGAAAUGUGCAGCAGUUUGAGCAACAGGGUCACUUGGUAAAAUUGGAUUUAAGUGAUGGUACUAGCCUUUACACGAAGCUGGUGGUUGGGGCUGAUGGUUCCAAGUCACGAGUUAGGGAGGUAGCUGGUUUUAAAACGACUGGAUGGAACUAUUCUCAGGAUGCAGUAAUAUGUACUGUGGAACAUGCUUACGAGAAUGACUGUGCUUGGCAAAGGUUUCUACCUUCUGGCCCGCUGGCACUUUUACCAAUAGGUGACAGAUUCAGCAACAUUGUUUGGUCAAUGACUUCAUAUGAAGCAUCAACUCAUAAGUCCAUGAGUGAAGUUGAUUUUGUAAACGCUGUAAAUAGCGCAUUGAUUCAUGGAUAUGGACCACAUCCAGGAUCUACUGCUCGCAAAAUUAGCUUGGACAGUUUUUUUGGAGGGAUGGGAACAACACAGUCUGAUUUUGAAAUUCCACCUGAAGUUCACAAGUUGGUCACUGAGAGGUUUUCAUUUCCUUUAUCUUUGAUGCAUGCACGUGAUUAUGUGUCAAACAGAAUAGCACUGGUUGGUGAUGCUGCUCAUACUAUUCAUCCUUUGGCUGGUCAAGGGGUUAACCUAGGAUUUGGUGAUGCACAUGCAUUGGCAAAGGUUCUUGCCGAAGGCAUCUUGGUAGGCAGUGACAUUGGAGCGGUCUCCUUAUUGAAGAAAUAUGAAAAAGAGAGGAAGCUUGCAAAUCUCACAAUGAUGGCGAUCAUGGAUGGAUUUCAGAAGGCUUUCUCAAUUGAUGCUGCACCAUUGAAUAUUCUUCGAGCCAUUGCAUUCCAGAGCGCUCAACAUUUUGGCCCUCUCAAAAGGAACAUAAUCUCAUAUGCAAUGGGCGAGAAGAAAUUACCGUUGUUGUUUUGACUGUUAUUGUGGGCGGUUGUUUCUGCGACAUUUUUCAGUGACAAGGAGACUUGCGGAGCAUUUAACGAACUUGACUUCAAAAGAUACGUUUGUCGUAUGCCAAGUUGUCAGUUUGAUGGCAUAGAAGAUGAAACAGAGAAGCGGUGCCGGGCAAGUUGAAUUUAAUUAGCUUGUAUUCCCCCACGUAUAUUACUUUGUAAAAAUAGCUUUACGUAUAGCCUCCUCGAAGGAUUCAAUUCAUAUGUUGAACUUCUUAAGUAGAAUUCUUGGAUGGACUAUAAUAUUUGUAUGUUGAUUUUCA